GGAGGGGAGAGAGAGAGCCAGAGGGGGGGAACACUUGGGGCUUUGGCUUUUUGUGAGCAGUGAAGUGCGUAGCUCCGGUGGCUGUCAAAAGGAGAGGAACAGCUCAUCUUUCCGAGAAGGAUACAGUGCUCUCUUUCGGCAAAAGGGAAAACACUGUUGGAGUUGCUGUGAUCAUUCUUGUUUUGAUUCUCUAUACCUGUUGGAGAGAGGAAGGGGGAAGAAAGAUAGAGACGAGGAGGAGAAGAGAGGCAAGUGCAGUUAGGGCAUCAGUUAGGUGGGUAUUAAGAGAUCCCUCCUCUGAUUUUCCUCCGCCUCUGUUCCUGAAACUCCAUUCUUAAUCAGUUUUUUGGACCAAAAAAAAAUCAGUUUAAGUGGUUCAAUGUGAAAUCCCCUGCUUUUUGCUGGAAAGUUUUGCAAUUUCUAACUGAUUGGUUUCCGGUCGGCGAGCUUCGUAGUCUUGGUCGUUGCUAUUUCUUGGUACUUUCUUCUUUUGGAGCUGGAUUUUGCAUGAUCUCUCUCAUUCGUUGCGCAAAAUUGGCGCGUUGGUGACGUUUUUGGUGUUGGGUUUUUCGAGCUGAGCAUGUUCUUAAUUGGGUAUUUUCAGAACGUGGGGAGUGUUUUUUUGGGUGGAUUCGCGGGUUGUGGUCCGAAGUCCCGGUCCUUGAUUUGCUCUCACCUUCACCACUAACUUGAAACAAUCUUGUUGGAAUUGAUGCCCUCUUGGUCGUGGUUAUCCUGAUAGAUUCUCUUGAAAAUUGAUGCCUGUUGUCUAAUGCAUUGGAGGUUUUGCUCAACUCGUCAUCAAUACUAAAAGGUUUUGCUCCUGUCUUUGCAGGAGCUGUUGCAGUUUCAAGAAACCCAAUGGGGGAAGCAAGAUCUGUGAAUUGAAAGUGGAGUCUGUUCUGGGUUUUUGGCUUUUUUUACCUCUCAAAGCUCGAAUCCGGAGUUAUUUGUCUGUAUGAGAGUCUUUGGGAGGAUAAAACAGACAGGAUUAGAGACAGACAGACAAAUGACAUAGGUGUUGGUGGUGUCAGGUUGUGUGCAAGUGGGGUGUUUCACAUUCACAGUGUUGGCUUUGAGAAUUUAUUAAACCAACCUUGAGGAUGCGUUGGCUGUGUCUCCUUUGCUGACCCUUUUUGACCGGGGACUGUGCUCUGUGUUGCUAAUUUAGGGGGCAAGUUCUUUUUUUGGGUCUGUUGCCAUUCAAGUGAAGUUGAAUUUAUAAUUCCCUUUCACACUCCUCCUCCUCUUGUGUGGCCUUGGUUAGUGAGAAAGAUUCGGUCAUACCAAGAAAUAUACAUCCACUUUCGCCAAAAUUUCUCUUCUUUCAUUCUCACUCAUCUUGAAUUGCACCACGAAUUUUAGCAGCCAAAAGUUCACACCCUACAUCGGGAGUUUAUGUACUUUUCUCCCCUGGAGAGAGAGAUUUGCAGUCAGUGGUGGCCGGAAUUUAUGCGUCGCAGGAAGCUCUGAAUCGGUUUUCGGAGGAUAAAUCGGAGAACUAGAUCUUUCGUUUGGCAAGAUGAAGUUUAUGAAACUUGGAUCCAAGCCGGAUUCGUUUCAGGGUGACGGGGAAAAUAUAAGGUAUGUUGCAACCGAGCUGGCAACUGAUAUUGUGAUCAGCAUUGGGGACAUCAAAUUUUAUCUGCACAAGUUUCCUCUUUUGUCAAAGAGCGCGCGGUUGCAGAAGUUGGUCGGAAGUGCAAAUGAUGAUAACAGUGAUGAAAUCCAGGUUGGAGAUAUUCCAGGUGGACCUGCCGCAUUUGAAAUAUGUGUCAAGUUUUGUUACGGGAUGACGGUCACUCUCAAUGCGUACAAUGUAGUUGCGGCUCGUUGUGCGGCGGAGUACCUUGAGAUGUAUGAGACUAUUGAAAAGGGGAAUCUCAUCUACAAAAUCGAGGUUUUCCUUAACUCGAGCAUUUACCGCAGCUGGAAAGACUCGAUCAUUGUUCUCCAAACCACAAAAUCCCUUCGUCCAUGGUCCGAGGAGCUUAAGGUGGUCAGCCGCUGCCUUGACUCGAUCUCUUCCAAGGCUUCGAUGGACACUUCCAAGGUGGAUUGGUCUUACACUUACAACAGGAAGAAACUCCCUUCCGAAAACGGCAGCGAAUCCCACUGGAACGGGGUAAGGAAACAGCAGGCGGUCCCAAAGGACUGGUGGGUUGAAGAUUUGUGCGAGCUCCAGAUAGACUUGUAUAAGCGGGUGAUAACGACGAUCAAGGCAAAAGGUAUGAUUUCCAGUGAAGUGAUGGGAGAAGCGUUGAGUGCAUAUGCACUAAGACGGUUGCCCGGUUUCGCCAAGGGUGUGAUCCAAACUAAUGACAUGGCGAAGCAUCGAUCUUUGGUGGAGACUAUUCUCUGGCUGCUUCCCUUGGAGGAGGGAAGCGUUUCGUGUAGCUUCUUGCUUAGGUUGCUGAGAGCAGUAAUUUUGUUGGAAUGUGGAGAAACGGAGAAGAACGAACUGAGAAGGAGAAUCGGCCAGCAGCUCGAUGAAGCUGUGGUGCCUGACCUUCUGUUCCGGGCCCCUGAUGGCGAAGAGAUGCUCUAUGAUGUAGAUACCGUGCAAAGUCUAGUCGAGGAGUUUGUGAUGCAUAAUUGGUGUGCUCAGGCUGAUCCCUCUGUUGAAAGUGAAUUCCAUGAAUUCAAAAUGCCCCAUCAACGAGGAUCGGAAGCCAUGGCAAGGGUGGCGAGGCUGGUAGAUGGCUACCUUGCUGAGAUUGCACGGGACCCGAAUUUGCCGGUGCUGAGAUUUGUGGGUCUUGCCAAUCUGGUCUCAGGUUUCCCGAGAGCAACUCAUGAUGGGAUUUACCGUGCCAUCGACAUGUACCUGAAGGAACACCCGGACGUCAGCAAGAGCGAGAGGAAGAAAGUCUGCAAGAUAAUGGACUGCAGCAAGCUGUCCGCCGAUGCCUGCAUGCACGCGGUGCAGAACGAGCGGCUUCCACUGCGUGUGGUGGUGCAAGUCCUCUUCUUCGAGCAGAUGCGGACCACCACCACCACCACCACCUCCUCCGGCAGCACCACGCCCGCCCUUCCGGGCCCCAUCGCCGCGCUGCUCCCAGGCGGGUCCCACGGGAGCUCGAGGUCGGCCACCACCAACACCGAGGAGGACUGGGAUGGCGUCCCGACCGCGGAGGAGAUCAAGGCCUUGAAAGGCGAGCUCGCCGCUCUGAGGCUGGGAGAGAAGAGCAACGGCGGCGGCGGGAACUGUGACGGCCUCAAGAACAGCAGCAAUGCCGCCGAGAAGGCCAAGAUGAAGGGCCUGGUCGUCUCGAAGAUCUUCUCGAAGCUGUGGUCGAGCAAGGAGAGGCAGGGGGAGAUCAGCAGCUCGGACACGUCGGAGAGCCCCGGCUCGGGGAACGCGGGGGACGCCAAGUCCACGCCGUCGAGGAGUAGGAGGCAUUCGGUGUCGUAGGUUGAUGUGUAGAGAGAGAGAGAGAGGGGGAAGAGAGUAGAGUUUUUUUUUUUGUCCAAGUACAAAAGAGAGAGAGAGAGAGAGAGAGAGAGAGAGAGAGAGAGAGAGAGAGGCGUUGAGAAUG